UAACAACACCUCCCCCUCCUAUUUAUAGUUCAAACUUCCGUAUAGCAAACACACACCAAACUAGCUAAAACACACUACUACUGUACUACAUCCAUCAUCACAAAAAUGGCGGUGCCGCUCCUCCUCCCAGUCCUCCUCCUCCUCCCCAUCCUCCUCGUCCUCCUCCGCAGCCUUCGCCGGAAAUCCUCCGGCCUCCCGCCCCCGCCGGGGCCCAAGGGCCUUCCCCUCAUCGGCAACAUGCACCAGCUCGACCACUCUAACAUCGGCAAGUACCUCUGGAACCUCUCCAAGCAGUACGGCCCCAUCAUGUCCCUCCGCAUCGGCCUCAAGCCCCUCCUCGUCGUCUCCUCCGCCAAGACCGCCGAGCUCGUCCUCAGGUCCCAGGACCUCGACUUCUGCGGCCGCGCGUCGCAGGCCGGCCAGCAGAAGCUCUCCUACAACGGCCUGGACCUCGCCUUCGCCCCCUACACCGCCUACUGGCGCGAGAUGCGCAAGAUCUGCGUCGUCUACCUCUUCAACUCCAACCGCGUCAACAGCUUCCGCCACAUCCGCGAGGACGAGGUCUCCCAGAUGAUCGACACCAUCGCCGCGUCCGCCGCGACGGGCGCCCCCUUCGACCUGACGGCCGCCAUGAUGGGCCUUACUAGCACCAUCAUUUGUAGGAUUGCAUUUGGGAAGAAGCUGGAGGGGAAGGAGAAGAGAAUGUUUCACAAGUUGUUCAACGAGACGCAGUUUGUGUUCGGGAGCUUCUUCCUGUCCGACUACCUCCCCUACAUGGGCUGGGCCGACAAGCUCACGGGCUUGACGGCCCGACUCGACAAGAACUUCAGAGAGUUCGAUACGUUCUAUCAGGAAAUCAUCGAGCAACAUCUCGACCCGAACCGAACCGCUCCUCAGAACGAGAACAUCCUGGACGUCCUGCUCGGACUUUACAAGGACCGCUCCUUCAAGGUCAAACUCGAAUUCGAGCACAUUAAAGCCGUCCUCAUGAACGUGUUUGUGGGAGGAACCGACACGAGCGCCGCGACGGUGAUAUGGGCGAUGAGCUUCCUGAUGAGGAACCCGGAAGCGAUGGCGAAAGCGCAGCGAGAAAUCCGCGACCACGUCAGAGGCAAAGGCGACGGUUCAGAUUUCGUCACGGAAGACGACAUCCCGCGCCUGCCGUACCUAAACGCCGUCAUCAAGGAGACGUUUCGGGUCCAGCCGGCGCUGCCGGUCCUGGUCCCGAGGGAGACGAACCACGCCUGCAGCCUCGGCGGGUACGAGAUCGCGGCCGGGACCAUCGUCUACGUCAACGCGUGGGCGGUGGGCCGGGACCCGGAAGUGUGGGAGGACCCGCUCGCGUUCCGGCCCGAGCGGUUCGAAGGGAGGAAGAUCGACGUCAAGGGGCUGGACUACGAGCUGAUUCCGUUCGGUGCUGGGAGGAGGAUCUGCCCCGGGAUUCACCUGGGGAUGGCGGCGGUGGAGACGGCGCUGGCGAAUCUGCUGUACCGGUUCGAUUGGAAGACGCCGGCCGGGAUGAAGCCCGAGGAUAUUAAUGUGGAUCGGGUUUUGCCCGGGAUUGUGGUGGCGAAGGCCGACCCGCUUUGCCUCGUGCCCACGGACUACCUUGGGGGAAAGAAGAAGUGAGAGAUUGUCGUUCUCGUUAAAAAAUUAGUUCGUCCAUCUCUUGAUUAUGUGUAACAAAAGCGCUUUAGUUCAAUUUCUGUCUGUUGAUUGUUGAACAGUUUGGAAUAAGCGGGAAUGUGAUUGUAUUCUACAAGCAGUUAUUUAUACAUUAUAUAUUAUCUGUAAUAAUUAGUAUCGGUGUUUUACUUUUUAUCGUUCGAUUAUGUAUGGUAUGGUGAAAAUGAAUGUAAAUUUUUUUGUUAAAGAAUAUUUAACUUAUUUUCAUUUCUUUGAUGAAUUUAAUCAAUGACAAAAUUGGCUCGACG